AUGGCUCUAAGGCGUGUCUGUUCCCUGCGCGCCACCGCACCGCGUCUCGCCUGGCUCUCCUCCGUCCCGGCCGCCCACGAGCAGCCCACCGCGGGCCCGGGGGCCGUGCCAGGAUGCAGGGCUGCGGAGGCUGUGCGGCCGCCGAUGCCUGCCGUGGACUUCGGCAACGCUCAGGAGGCGUACCGCAGCCGGCAUAGCUGGGAGCUGGCGCGCAACCUGCUGGUGCUGCGCCUGUGCGCUUGGCCGGCGCUGCUGGCGCACCACGAACAGCUGCUCCAUAUCGCCAGGAAAUUUCUGGGGCAGAAGAUGUUCAACAAGCUAAUGAAGAUCACCUUCUAUGGGCAGUUUGUGGCUGGUGAGGACCAGGAAUCCAUCCGGCCUCUGAUCCAGCGCAACAAGGCCUUUGGUGUCGGCUCGAUCCUGGACUAUGGCGUAGAAGAAGAUCUGAGCCCCGAGGAGGCAGAACGCAAGGAGAUGGAGUCAUGCACCUCUGCAGCAGAGAAGGAUGGCAGUGGCACCAAUAAGAGGGAGAAGCAAUACCAGGCCCACCGCGCCUUCGGAGACCGCAGGGAUGGUGUCAUCAGUGCCCGCACCUAUUUCUACGCCAAUGAAGCCAAGUGUGACAGCCACAUGGAGAACUUCUUACGCUGCAUCGAGGCUUCAGGUGGGGCCAGUGAUGACGGCUUCUCAGCCAUUAAGCUCACUGCACUGGGGAGACCUCAGUUUCUGCUGCAGUUUUCAGAUGUGCUGACCAAGUGGAGACGGUUCUUUCACCAAAUGGCCGCAGAGCAAGGUCAGGCGGGGCGCACUGCCAUGGACACCAAGCUGGAGGUGGCGGCACUGCAGGAAAGCGUGGCAAAGAUGGGCAUCGCGUCUAGGGCUGAGAUUGAGGAUUGGUUCACACCGGAGACCUUGGGAGUGUCUGGCACUGUGGACCUGCUGGACUGGAACGGCCUCAUCGACAGCAAGACCCGGCUCUCCAAGCACCUGGUGGUCCCCAACACGCAGACAGGGCAGUUGGAGCCCCUGCUGUCAGGGUUCACUGAGGAGGAGGAGCAGCAGAUGACGAGGAUGUUGCAGCGGAUAGAUGUGCUGGCUAAGAAAGCCACAGAGAUGGGAGUGCGGCUAAUGGUGGAUGCCGAACAGUCCUACUUCCAGCCAGCCAUCAGCCGCCUGACCCUGGAAAUGCAGCGCAGGUUCAACAUGGACAAGCCACUCAUCUUCAACACCUAUCAGUGCUACCUCAAGGAUGCCUAUGACAAUGUAACCCUGGACGUGGAGCUGGCUCGCCGUGAGGGCUGGUGUUUUGGGGCCAAGCUGGUACGUGGUGCCUAUAUGGCCCAGGAACGUGCCCGUGCAGCAGAGAUUGGCUAUGAGGAUCCCAUCAAUCCUACAUAUGAAGCCACCAACGCCAUGUACCACAGGUGCCUCAACUACAUUCUGGAGGAGCUGAAGCACAAUGGCAAGGCUGAGGUGAUGGUGGCCUCACACAAUGAAGACACAGUGCGCUUCACCCUGCAGAGGAUGGAGGAACUAGGCCUGCAUCCUGCUGACCGCCAGGUGUAUUUUGGACAGCUUCUGGGCAUGUGUGACCAAAUCAGCUUCCCACUGGGCCAGGCAGGCUUCUCUGUGUACAAGUAUGUACCCUAUGGCCCUGUGAUGGAGGUACUGCCCUACCUGUCUCGCCGAGCCUUGGAGAACAGCGGUAUCAUGAAGGGUGCCCAGCGGGAGCAGCAGCUGCUCUGGCAGGAGCUGAAGCGGAGGCUCUUUACUGGCAGCCGCUUGUACCGCCCAGCCUAGCUGCCAUUGCCUCCUGGGCCGCUACCAUACCUUACGCCAUGUUUGAUCUCCCAGGGAUCUAAGCCUAGGAAGGGAUUUGGGUAGCCCUGGGGUGGUCCUCAGUCUGUCACCACAGGUGCCACCCACCGUCACAGGAUCUGUGUCUUUGAGACCCACUGGAGACAGUACCUGCAGCCCUGGAACUCCCUGCUCAGAAGCAGGCUGUGAGGUGCGGGUGGAAUCUGUUGUGUACCAGGACCAUUAGGAACUGUCAACAAACUGCCUUUUCAUGAGCCAACUCUGGGCCCCCACCUCUGCUGGCUGUCCUGACCUUGGACCUGCAGGAUUCCCCUUCUGCCAAGGUCCAACCCAUGCACUCUUGUGUCCCACAGUGGGCAGUGGCCCAUUUGGAAAGUCUGCAAGGUCAAUAAAUCGCUAUUGAACAGC